AUUCACUCGCAGUCUGCAGACCGCUCUCACUGGCCAGCCACCCAAAAAGAAAUGCUCCCUCGCUCUCACGCUGCUACUCUCUACAUGUCACCCGCACCACCGAAGUCAGCACGCCCCGGACUCGACCAUACACACACUACGUCACAGGGCCAUUGAGACAUCUCUCGCGCGACAAAGUUGACAGUCAGCCAGCCAGCCGCAACACCACCGGCCCGGACCAACUACAUAACGCCCGAUGACUGCAAAGAGGCGGACACACAUGAGCUUGGAAGGAUUCGAGGUAGCGGACCUGAUAGACGAAGCGGAGCGCGCGCAGUUCGGCCGCCGCUGCUGCAGCUGCAGCUGCUGAUACUGAUCCUACCACUGCUACUGCUACUGCGCCUGCGCUAUUGCUACUGCUCUACUGCUACUGCUCGAGCUCUGCCCAUCGUCCUGGCGCAUCGGCGCAGCGCGCGAGGGCCUUAGAAACUCUCCCCCUUCCCCUUCCGGGCGCUGGGGCUCGCACCGAUAGAUCAUGUCGUUCUUUGGCAAGUUCAAAAGUGGCAGCACGACUGACGCCAGUAAAGUCGCGAGCUCGUUACCUGCAAGGAAAGACCCCAAUGCGCCUGUGCCUACGCCCUUGGAGAGACAUCUUGCCGACGUCGCUGCUCAACCCAUACGCCCUGAUGGAAGCGACAAGUACUUUGGUUUCGAAAAUUACGGCUCGACAUGCUAUUGCAACUCGAUCGUGCAGUGCCUAUAUUACUCCAAGCCCUUCCGGGAACAUGUCAUCAACUUCCCCUCGCCGACCUUCCUCGACCAGAUCCGAUCCCACGAAACGAAUGGCGCCCCACCGUCGCCUCGAGCGACGGCAACGGGGACAACGCCCUACCCCAACCCCACGUCGCCUGCGCGAAAGUCCAACGUGCCCGCAUCACCUGGACCGGGAGGUCUGAAGCCAGAUGAAGAUAAGAAUUCACCGGACAACAGGAAGAAGAAGGCUUUGGCAGAUGGCCCAGUGCUGGAUAUGCAGGCCGAACGGGCAAACGACUAUGGCAUGGACGAAUCGCUCUUCACAUCGCUGCGAGAUAUUUUCGAGGCCAUCAUCAAGAACCCUUCGCGCACAGGCGUGGUCAGCCCGCACAGGUUUCUGGAGAUUCUGCGACGUGAGAAUGAGAUGUUCAGAUCGGCUAUGCACCAGGAUGCUCAUGAGUUCCUCAACUUGCUACUCAAUCAAGUCGUGGACAAUGUGGAGCUAUUCGCGAAGCAGCACCCGCAAAUAGCUGCUGCGCCGCACUUGAAUGGGAAUACACCCGAGGCGAAGGAUCUGGCUUUGACGACGACACAGAGCACGACUGCAACUGCGCCUGCCCUGGACACACAUUGGGUGCACGAUCUAUUCGAGGGUCUACUGACAUCGGAAACCAGAUGUCUGACCUGCGAAAAUACCUCGCAACGAGACGAGGCUUUCUUGGACCUUUCCGUGGACCUGGAUGCGCACAGUUCCGUCACAUCGUGUUUGCGAAAGUUUUCGGAGGAGGAGAUGCUGUGUGAGAGGAACAAGUUUCAUUGCGACAAUUGUGGUGGUCUGCAGGAAGCGGAAAAAAGGAUGAAGAUCAAGCGUUUACCACGGAUUCUGGCUCUGCAUCUUAAACGCUUCAAGUACACAGAGGACCUCCAACGGCUGCAGAAGCUCUUCCACCGAGUCGUAUACCCUUUUUACUUACGGCUGUUCAACACGACAGACGAUGCCGAAGACUCCGAUCGGUUAUACGAGUUGUACUCGGUCGUGGUGCACAUUGGUGGCGGACCGUAUCACGGUCACUAUGUCAGUAUCGUGAAGACGGAGGAUCGAGGGUGGUUACUUUUCGAUGAUGAACUGGUCGAGCCUGUCAGCAAAGACUACGUGCAGCAAUUCUUCGGCGGCGAGCCCGUACCGGGUGCGCAAGACGCGAAGCAACUGGCAUGCGCGUAUGUGCUGUUCUACCAGGAAACGACCAUGGAGAAGAUGCUCAAGGAGCAAGAGAAGGAAGGCCAACCAGCGGCUGCAUCCGCAGCUUCGAGGGCAUCGGAGACGGCAGAAUCCAGCGAUGGGCUACUGUCCUCGCCGACGAAGACCAUGAACGGAAACGGCCUGGUGCAUGCAUACACGAAUAUCCAGACACCCAUCGAGGAAGAGCCUUCUUAUGCACAGAUGAAACCGCUUCAGCACGCGAAUACCACUCCCAAUUUCGAGCAUGCGAUGCUGAACAAUCGGCCCCCUCCGAUGCCCGUUCUCCCGACCAAGAGCAAGAAAGAGCUCAAAGCAGAAGAGAAGGAACGUAAGGCUGCGGAGAAAAUGGCCCUCAAGGAGAAGGAAGCCGAGUAUCGUGAAGCCUCGCGCAAGCGCAUGGAAGCUUACAAGCAAACCGAAGAGAACUUGAAGCGGGCUCUCGAAGACUCCAAGGCCACAGCAGCCGCAGAAGCCGAAGCGCGCGUACACGAGAACGGCAACGGAGAAAGCCACGCAGCACACAACGGUACCUCGGCGACUGCUACUGCUGAAGAGAUUAGUGAAAAGCGAAAGUCUGGCUUCUCCAGGUUCAGCAGAGGCAGUAUUAGUCUGCGAAAGAAGCCCAGCGUCUUCAAGAAGGAUAAGAGCACGAAUGGAGGAGACAGAUUUUCUCGGCCUCCUAUGCCUCAGCAACCGGAAAAGGAUGCUGUAUCGAAUGGCCCCGUCACACAUGAGGAGCAGCAACCGCAAGACCAGCACCAGCACCAGCAGGACGAGGUUCCUCCUCAUUCUACUUCGAAUGGAGACCACAAAUCACAUCCAGUGGUCACGACGGCGGAUAAUUAUAUGUUGAGUCGAUCACCUCCUGCCGUGCAACCUCCUUCCACACCUGGCGCACAUCACAGCCAUGAGGAAAAGGGAAAGAAGAAUCGAUUUAGUCUUGGAAGGAAGAAAUCGAGCAUGUUCUUGUAGUAGUGAAUCGUUGAAUCGUUGCAUCGUGAAUGGAUGGCUGAAUGGAUAUCAGAUGAAAUGACCUUUUUGUUGGGGGAGCAAAAAGCAUCUCGAGAGACUAGGUCUUGUUGGCCUUUUUUCAAAGAUUCAUACAAUGUAUUUUCACACACACACAGCAUACACCCCUGGCUCCUCCUCCUCCUGCUGCUGCCCGCUGUGUGUUUCUGUUCUGUUCUGUUUCUUCUUGUACAAUGGCCGAUGGAUGGCUCCUUCCC